AUGGGAGAUAUGGAAGAAAUAUUCUACACUUUCUGUGAUGCAGUUAAGAAAGGAUCAAGAACUGCAACAGACAAAACGAUUAAAAAGAUAUGUACUGAUUGUAAUAUCUAUACAAAAUCGUUUAACGCCAACAUUGUGGAUAUUGCAUUUAGAAAGCAUAUUGGAAAUGCUAAGAAAGAUGUCGAUUUCGCUGACUUCAUCAGAUUUAUACAGGGUACAAUGGCCGAGGAAUAUGCAAAAUACGCAAACAUGUCACAAGCUGAUGCAGCAAAGGAAAUAGAAAAUAAAAUAUUGAGUACGAGCAAACCAAAAGCUCAUGGAGCCACACAAGUUAGCAAAGACGCCGCAACAGCUCGCUUAACUGACGUUAAAGGGUACACAGGAGCUCAUAAAGAAAGAUUUGAUGUUGAAACUGGUAAAGGCAAGGGAAUCGAAGGACGGGAAUAUGUUAUGGAUGAAAAGGCAGCUGCAGGAUAUGUAAGCGGGUAUAAAGGGAAAGAUACCUAUGACAAAACUCACUGA